AAGACGCCAUCACGAUCUCUCUCAGCAGGUCAUCUCUCUCUCUUCCCGGCUAAACCUAAACAGCAUUUUCCUCCGAUUCCUUCAGCUCGUAGCAUUGUUCGAAUAUCCUGCUCUUGUAAUCUUCUCGAUUAAUGUGUUGAAACGUCCAAUUACUGUGUCUUUUUUGUGGAGGCAUGGUUCAGGUUUGAAGAGUGAGAGAACCAUCGAUCAUGAGGAAUGUGGAAGGGGGCUGAUGAGAGGAAGCUGAGGUCAAGUAAGUCGAGAAAGUCCGGGGAUGGAGACAAAAUUGAUGGAGUAGAUGAUUGUGGAAAGAGGAGAAGUAUUGGGGAUAAGUUGAAACCCUCUCCAACAAAGUCAAUAGUGAUGGACACGGUUAUGAAGCAAUAAUAGAAUUAAGUUCAAAGGAGAUGACGAAGCAACAAGAGAGCUCGUUGGAGAAAUUGAGCAGUUUGUAUCUGGAUGGAGAAGAAGAGAAUAAGCAUGCUGGUGGAGAGAGGUCUCCACGUCAAGCUGAUGAAAGUGAGAGAAUUAUAGCCGAUUCAAAGUUAUUAGAUCAUGACUUGUCCAAGUCCCAGAGCAGGACUAAAGGCAAACAUGAUAGACCAGAUGAAAGGGAGCUUGACAAGGAGUCGGACAGAGAUUCUAUGCAUUUGGAGAGGAGGGAAACCAUCCGAGACAAAAGUAGAAGAGAUGGAGACCACCUUUUUAGGACCCCAGAUAAGAGUGGAAGGCUUCAUCAUGAAUCAGAAAACUAUGAGGUGGGUUACGAAAGAGGUUUUGGAUUUAAGCGAAAAGAACUAGAAAAUGAUGGAGGGAGGGAUGAUAACUCUAAAGGAAGAGAUGAAAGCUCGAGUGAGAGAAAGAGGAACCAAGAAGAUUCUUCUAAAGAUAAUUGGAAAAGAAGGCAACCCAGCAGCAAUUAUGCAGAGACGAAAGAUGUGGAUAUCACUUAUGGGUGUGAUAGGAAUGACAAUAAAUGGCCUCAGGGUCGUUUUGGAGGUAGAAAAGAUGCGAGAUGGACUGAGGCUGUCAAAACCUCGACAAAUUACGGUAUUUCAAAUGAUAAUUAUGACGUGAUAGAGAUCCAAACCAAGCCCUUUGAUUAUGGAAGAGAGGAGUCCAGAUCCACCUUUGUUCGGAGCACCAAAGCAGCUCUGCAAGCUGAUGCAAAAUUGGCUACACCAAAUAAUGAGUGGACCUAUCCGCAAGAGGACAAAGCAGGAAAUAUUGAUAUGUAUAAGUUUGGGCAAUCCGGCAAUGAUUUAAAUGAUAGAUAUUUGGAUAAAGAAUUGACCGAUAAAGGUUUUAUGCCCAAUCGUACUGGUGGAGGCCAUAGUUCUAGUAGUGUUUCACAGACUUCACAUGGGAACCAGCAACCGGUUUCUUUCAGUAGGCCAUUUUCACAAGGAGCUAAAGGGAGUAGAGUUGGAAGGGGAGGAAGGGGUAGGUCAACAGGGAGAGACAACCAACUGUUUGGAACCCCGAUGCCUAUAAUAGGAUCACCUUUCGGACCACUUGGACCAAUACUACCAUUAACUCCUAGCAUGUCUCCUGCUCUGGGUCCCCCAAUUUCUCACGGUAUUUUUAUCCCACAAUUUUCACCACCCCUUUUUUGGCCCGGAGCUCAAGGUGUUGAGAUGAACAUGUUAGCUAUUCCACCAGGUCUUCCUUCUGGACCAUCAGGUGCAAGGUUUUCUCCUAAUAUGGGGGUCCCACCAAAUCCUGGUAUGUAUUUUAAUCAACCAGGGCCUGGGAGUGGAGUGCCCUCAAAUGUAUCUACUCCUGGUGUUGAUGCUAUGGUACAAAUUGGACAAGGUCAGCCACAAGAUAAAGCCUAUGGAAAUUGGGUUUCAGCUAGAACUAGUGGACCUCUGGGUAAAGCUCCUUCUAGAGGAGAGCAGAAUGACUACUCCCAAAAUUUUGUUGACUCUGGCACGCGACCCCGGAUUUAGACAAGCUCCAACGCAUCUCGUCUUCCCCUUCACCUAUUCUACGAAUAUCAUACACUCUUUGAAGCAAAGUAAUCAAAGCAUUCUCCUCCCAAUCGCACACAUCCCUACGCAAACGAAUAUCCCAAACGGGAGCCCCAUGCUGAAAAUGGAGAUAAUCAAAGACAUUUGUAUCUCUAUCAUGAGCCAAAAGAUAUAUACUCGGAAAAGCCUCUCGCAAUCUGACAUCCCCACACCACAAAUGCUCCCAAAAUUUCAUCCUACUCCCAUCGCAACCACCAUAUGAAUAUUCUUUUCAAAAGCAUCCGAACCAUUCAUGAUACCCCCCCCCAUAGCGCAACCCCGUAAGGCAAUCUCACAUUGAGGGCCGACCAAUCUCCCCACUCGCUACCGUACUUAGCUACUACAAUCGUUCUCCACCAUCUCUCCCUUUCACACGCAAAUCUCCAAAGCCAUUUGCCCAACAAAGCUUGAUUGAACAACUUUAGACGCCUCACACCCAAACCCCCUUCUCUAAUAGGAGCACAAACCGUAUCCCAAUCAACUAAAUGAUACUUGAAUUCUUCCCCCACACCUUUCCAAAGAAAAUCUCUUUGGAUCUUCUCUAACCUUUUUGCAACCGAAACCGGAAUAACAAACAAGGACAUGAAAUAAAGUGGGCAAAUUAGAGAGCGUACUUUUAAUUAAAGUGAGUCUGCCUCCUUUAGUAAUAUCUUGACGCUUCCAACCCGCCAACCUCUUUCCACAACUUUGUCUCAUGCUGACUUUGAUUUGAAGGCUGAACCGAGUGGCAAUCCCAAAUACUCUGUCGGGAGCGACGCCACCCUAUAAUCCAAAAUCUGAGCAAGAGGUCCAAUAUCGUCGAUUGCCCCAAUAGGGAUCAUUUUAGAUUUUCCCAAAUUCACUUUAAGUCCAGAAACAACCUCGAAGCACAAAAGAACACAUCUAAGUUAUCCCACCUCCAUUAGCUCUGCAUUGCAGAACAAAAGAGUAUCAUUGGCAUAAA